AACAUAACCUCAGCCUCCCAUUCACUUUGCAUAAACAACUAUUCCUUUUCCAUUCAUUGUCCACCAAUUUUUCUCUAUAUUGUGCCACACAUAGAACAACAACAACAACAAGAAGAAGAAAGAGAGAAUUCUGUGAUUGCAUAAGAGAGGAUAAUAAUUGAGGUGUGGUGAAGAAUUUGUUGGAGUGAGGGGAGGACCCACCUACCCUUCACAUUCAUCAUACUCUUCAUCAAUCUCUUUUUAAUCCUUUUCUGUAUUUUCUAACUGCACCACCCCAAGGAUUGUCCUUUGCCUUGGUUCCAUUGUUUUUGUGGAUCUUGAGGUGUUAGGUGGGCCUCAUAGGUUCUCAUACUGCUUCAGUUUCAAUUAGCUAGAUCUAGACAGGAAUUAUAUUCCCAGAAUAUUUAUUUACUUACCAAUGAGAUUUUGAGAUUCUGCAGAUAUGGUUCUUAUUAUAUAGACUAAAUUGCCAUCUUUUUUUUUUAUUUUUCAGUUCCGUUACCUUGUGUUAUAAAACCUGUUAUCAAAUCUUUGGUGCCCCCACCUGCAUUGGUUUGCUGUGUUCCUCUUCUCAUAAGGACCAUUUCUACACAUUUUUCACUCUUCAUUGAAUGACAGCUGUUUAGGUUGACUACACGGUUGUGUUGUUCUCUUCUCUUUAUUGGUUAGCAUUAAGUUACUGUGAGCCUUGUUUGUUACCCAAUUCCCAUAAUAGUGGCUCAAGGCAAUUUUCAUGGUUCAUUCAUAUUGUCUACCUAAUUUAUUCUGAUCUAGCUUUUGUCUAGGAGGCCCACCAUUGGGUUUUGGUGGGCUUUCAUUGAACCAAUAAAAAAAAUCCAUCUUUAAAAGGUGUUUUGUUUUGAAGGUUUCAAAUUGCUUCUGUGUUUCUUUCCAUCAGGUAAGGAAAGUGUCAUUUGUGUCAAAUAGUGAGGUCAUUUUGGUUUUCCUCUUGUUAGCCAUUGUUGUUGCACAAUUGGCAUUAAGGCUCUAUCAUUUAUGCCAAACUCAAACUUGACCUGUGAAAGACAUCCUAUCUGCUAAUGCUACUUUACUUUAUCACUUGCAUCUCCUUCUUUCUGUUUUUAAAGCCUUUCCUCUUUCUCAAACCACUUCCAUCAUGGACAGGUGAGGUGAGGUUGAUCUCCCUUUUGUUUUACAAAGAGUUGUGUGUGAAAUCCUUAUCUAAGUUGUUUAGGAAUCGCCUUUGGCUUGGUUUUCUUUGUCAAAUUCCUACAAGAAUGUCUCUUGUGAAGAAGACUCUUAAUUCAAAGGUGGAGAAUAUUGACGAUUCCCAAGACAUGUCACUGUUGGACUUGCCAGAAUUGGUGUUGGAAUGCAUUCUUGAAAAGCUCCCUCCAGCUUCACUUUGUCAAAUGGCUGGAGUUUGCCAUUCCUUGAGGGAGAGAUGUGUGAGUGAUCACCUUUGGGAGAGGCACAUGAAACAGAAAUGGGGUAGAGUCAUUGGUUCAGUUGCUUAUAGGGAGUGGAAAUGGCAUGUUGCUUCCAAAAGGAGUGCUGGAAGUCUUAGACAUGGCAAGCAAAGAAGCUUGAUGAAGCUUGUGUCCCUUCGUUGGCCUUUUUCAUGGAUGAGAACCAAGGUGGAUGAAAAUAAUAGCGAAAAUCAGCGAAGUUAUUCACCUCCUGAUUCAUUCAUGACUUGGUAUCUUGCUCUUGAGACUGGCAAUUUUUGGUUUCCUGCUCAGGUCUAUAACCGUGAGAAUGGCCAUGUUGGAUUUAUCCUAUCAUGCUAUGAUGCUGAGCUUAGCUAUGAUCCUCACACUAACACCUUCCAAGCCAGGUAUCCACCACAUGGAAGAAGAGCUGCUGCAGUAGAGCAUGGCAUUCCAUGGGAAAGGCUAAGGGCGCCGCCUGUUGAUACUCCUCCACAUGAUCUUCAUAUCUCUGAUUGUCUAAGUGAUUUGCAUCCAGGUGAUCACAUAGAGAUCCAAUGGAGAAGAAACAAAGAAUUUCCUUAUGGUUGGUGGUAUGGUGUUGUAGGCCACUUGGAGUUUUGUGAUGGGAAUGAAAAUUACUGCCGUUGUCAUAGUAGUGACACAGUGGUGUUAGAGUUCCAUCAGUACACUCAUGACUCACGUUGGAGAAGAACAACUAUAAGUAGGAAAGAUCACAGGGAGGAAGGAAAUGAGGCUGAUGGCUUUUAUGGAGGAAUCAGAAAGAUUAAGAAUGAGAAUGAGAAUGAGAUUUCCAUUUGGAAAAGCCUUUGGCCUUCUGAAGUCUUGGACUAAUCAGAUCAAGUUUUUCACUUAGCAUUAUGACAAGACUCAAGACUAGUAUUCUCAUUUUCAUCAUUCUAGGCAGGUACUUCUGCAUCAGAGAAAAAGGGGUGUCUCAUUCAGCCAAAUGAGCAUUGAGACCAUCCUAUACUUCACCCCUUUUUUCGAUUUUUUUUCAUGGGAAAGUUUAGGCCUCUCCAAGUGAUUUCAAUCAAUGUAUAUAACUCAUUUUCAUUUAUGAUUUAUGCACACUGCUGGCAUAGAAUAUUCACUCCACAAUAUAUAGAAUGAUUAGAAUCAAUCUGAUGAUAUUCUCAAAUAUUUAUAGAUUUGAAAUCACAUAGCAAUAUAGCUUCCGUACCAAGAAAUGUAAGAUGUAGUUCAGACAUUAUUCAUGUGAAAGUGGAUCAUUAGCAAUAUGUCUAAAGAAUGCCCUCUCUCUGUGCGGAUUGAGUU